GAAUCUUCUCGGAAUGUGUCUUCCCUGACACUGCACCACCACUACUUCCCACGACACAAUUAUAAAUGUCUUUAAAGGUCUACAGUUGAGUGAUAUUUAAGAGGAGGACACAACCACCCUAAAGCUAUCAAAUAUCCCAUUCUCUGAAGUUGGAAACAGACCUAGUUUACAAAAAUGGCUUCUUUCAGUUCUAGUUCAGUUUGCGUUGCUGCAUUUCUCCUGCUUUCGAUCGUUCUGGUCUCAGCUUCAACACACCAGAAAACUGUCAUCUCCUAUGUUUUGCCUUCAUCAGCGGUGGGAGCUGGCGAGUGUGGUCAACCUGGGGACUCAUCAACUGAAACUACAAUCAUCUCCUCGAAUUGUGCGGAUUGUACAAACUGGUGUAAUGAAGAAUGUGCUGAUACAAACAGUGAUGUGGUCGAAAACAAGUGCGCAAUAGGUGAAUCAAAAUAUGCAAGACGCUGCAAGUGUUGCUGCCGUGAAAAAGCCGCACCUCCGCCCAGUCCGGCCGAUCAGUGCCGUCAACAAGGUGAUACACCCAAGGAUACUACAAGGCCCACCGCAAACUGUGGCGAAUGUACAACCUGGUGUAAACAACAAUGUUCAGCUAUGGGCGCUAGUGUGGUUGAUGACAAGUGCUCAAUACCAGGUCAAUCUGCUUGGCUCAGGAAAUGCGACUGUUGUUGCCGUGACAACUCUAAACCCCCACCUCAACCAAGUUGCGGUUGUGCUCCAGAUGUAACGUUGACCACACCGGGUUCCAAGCCAUGCAAUUACAAGCUAGUAUCUUCAUUGUCGUCCUCAUCAUCAUCAUAGAUAUCAAUGUAACAUGGUUGGAAUUAACGAUCGUUGAUUGGUUUAUGUUUUGAUUUGUUUCUGUUGUUAACGUCGAAGUUUUUGAUUUGAUUUGUUUUUAUGUUUGAGUUCCAACUUAUUUGAAUAAUUGAAUUGGUUUUUGCAUUUAACGAUUGAAUCAGUUGUCUUACUGUUAGCAGGCAUCACGGUCUUUACUUUUCUAAAGGUUAUGAAAUCUAUUGUAAUCUUUGUUUAAGUGUUUGGAAUUAAUGAUGAGGAAACACACAAGAAAUGACACAAUUAUUUUC